AUGACUGAUAAUCCAACGGGAUCGCCAUUCUCGACUGUUCGAAACGACGCACAAGAAUCGGACAACUCAACAAUGACGAAAAAACCAAGUGAAUCUGAUAAUCGGAGUGAUCGAUCGGAUUUUGACAUCAUUGAAUCAAAUUAUAGUAUCAAUGAACUAAAUGAUGAACAUGUACAUCAGGAAACGUCGUUGAACGUCCUAUCAACGGCUGACAUAUUACGAGAAAAACUGGCAUUCGCUACUGGUGGUACACAUCAAAAUUCACCAAUUUUGACAUUUCCGGACAAUCCUCAAAUUGAAUUAACACAAGAGAAGUAUAAAAAACUUGUGUCAUAUUUAACUCAAGUGCCAAGUGAACAUGAACGACAGCUUGGCUUUGUUCUUAUUAUUGAUCGACGAUCGGAUCGAUGGAUGGCAGUGAAGGCAGUCUUAUCCUAUAUCGAGGAAUACUUUCCAUACUCAAUUCAAUGCAUUUACCUUCUCCGUCCAAAUUCCUGGAUGCAACGAGCCCUUUCUCGUAUUACUAUUCUCAAUGAAAUAACCUGUAUUCAUCGUUUGAUCGUUUGUCGGACAUUAGCAGAGCUUCAUGAGCAUUUAGAUGCAAGUCAAUUAUCAAAAGAUUUAGGCGGUACGAUCGAUUUUCGUCUAUUUGAAUGGAUUGAACGGCGAGCGGCAAUUGAAAAAUUAACUCAAUCAAUUCAUGAACUAAGCGAAAUGCUUCUCGUUUUUAUCAAACAAUGCGAUGAAAUCGAGUUUCCUAACGCGGUGGAUUCGACACAGCAGCUACUGCUUCAACAUUCCACCCAAAAAACCGAACUCGAACAAGAAUUACUACGGAUUAAAACCUGGGGUCAUUCACUCUUGUGCAUCAUUCGACAACAGCACAAAGCAACUGCAUCCAUCCCAAAUCAUUUCGCUGACGAAGUCAAUGAAAUUCACGAUCUCUCAUUAGCACCGGAUCAAGCAGCUCAUGCUCGCGCUUGCGCUAACGCUUUAACACAUGUGGACAAUAGCGAAUGCAUUCUCCAACAAUUUUGGUGUCUUCAUGAAGCUCGACUGAAUCGUUGCCUUGCUCUGCGUCAUUUCGAACAGCGUUUCAAAGAAGUUCAAUGCACCUUUAUCCAAUUACAUAACAAUCUUAGUCAAUUACCAGAUAUCAACACGAGUUUACUUCGAUUUGAAUGCUAUCGAACUGAUAAUAACACUACUAUACGAGAAGAAAUCGAUCAAACAUUGAUCCAACUUGAUGACCUUUCACAACGUACGCAAACUAUGAUCAGUCAAGCUACCCUCCUGGCAAAUGAUGGCCUUGAUCUGAUUAUGGAACAACAGAAACAACAAUCGAUGGCUUAUGGCAUUGAUUCCAUUGAGCCGAAAUGUCAAGAAUUAGACGAGAUGAAAAGAAAUCUGACGGGACAAAUCGAUGAAAAACGACAUAACCUGAAACUAUUACGAACGUAUAUUGAUAAACUUGAAUCAAUUAACGAUUGGUGUACACGUGGUAAAGAUAUGUUAGCCAUGCAUCCAAUCCAUCUAUCCAAUGAUAAAGCUAGUCGUUCACUUACAGAAUUAGAAAACUUUCUUUCCGAUUUGUCAACAAUUAAUCUAGACGAAUUACAACACACAUCAACACCCGAGCCACUUCGUUCAAUGAUUAAUCAAGUCUUCAAUCGUGUCAAUGACGUUCGCGAUUUAUGUGAAAAACGUUGUGAACAACUCCGACGUUUAGCUUUGCCAAUCAAUCGACCUGUCCAACGCGUGCAUCCAUUACCACUUCAACAAACUGAAUCUCUUAAUCUUAUUGGAACAACAACGUCUCUUCUACAGCAACAAAUGAAUGAACAUUUGACAUCGGCGGAUAAUGAUCAUAACCUAUCGUCAUCAUCGUCGUCAUCGAAUAAUAACAACAGUACAACAGCUAGUGAAUGUAUGAUUACACACAAUGCAAAAAUGGAUAAGAAACAACGGCAUGUUGUUACUGAAUUGUUAGUUACUGAACAAGUCUAUGUCGAAGAAUUACGCACAAUUAUUGAAGGUUAUAUGAUCAAAUUCGAUGAGCCAGAACGCUAUCGAUAUUUACCACCUGCAAUUAUACAGAAUAAAUCAGUCCUCUUUUCCAAUUUACCUGAUAUCUAUGCAUUUCAUGCUACAUCCUUUCUUCGCGAUCUCCAACAGAUCUAUGAUGAUCCAUCAAUAACAAAUACAUGCUCAAUUGGCAGUGCUAUAGCUGCAUGUUUUAUCAAACGGAAAUCAAACUUUAAACUGUAUGAACAAUAUGUGCUCAAUAAAUCUCAGUCAGAACGUAUUUGGGAACAGUUUUGUGCUGGACACCCAUUCUUCACGAAAAUCCAACAGUCUCUCGGUCAUCGUCUUCCACUAGAUUCAUAUUUGUUAAAACCAAUUCAACGAAUAACCCAAUAUCAACUUCUACUCAAAGAAACAAUUAAAUACACACGUAAUGAACAAGAAUGUUUGCAUUUACAAGCAGCUCUUCGCGUCAUGCUCAAUAUCUUAUCCGAUCUAAACGAUGUUAUGCACUCAACACAAAUCGUUGGUUACCCUGACAAUCUGAACACAUUAGGUCGAGUACAUCUACGUGGUGAAAACUGUUUAAUAUCCAAAGAGAAACGCCGUGGAACAGUCUAUACGCGGACAAAAACGAGUACAAGAGACAUGUUCUUAUUCGACCGAGAUAUUCUGUUAUGUAAGAAAAAAGACGAAGGAAACGGAAAAUCCGUACAAUAUCAAUUCAAAGAACUAAUUCGAAUUAUUGACAUUGCUGUUUGUACACACCCGAAAAAUGAUCGAAAUAAGUUUGAACUUUUACUCAAAGAUUGGUCAUAUAUUAUUCAACUUCCAAAUAACUCUUCCAACGGAGACAAAGCCGAGGAAACAAGUGUUAAAUGGAUCGAUACGAUAAAAAGUUGUGUUACACAACAGACAGAACAACGUCGAGCUGAAAUGAAGCAACGAAGCGCUUCGUUAGAUCAUCCAGCAUAUGCUCAUCGUCGGCAUUUACAGCAUCGUGCAACUAUGACAAUCCGAGCACCAGAUUCCGAUGACCCUGAUGACGAGCCAACAACGUUGAGUCAAUUCAAUGAAACGACUAAAGCGAAUAGCAAACGAAACCCUAAGAUAUCGAUAAAUAACAAUAUCAUGUCCAGUUAUCUGGUUUUAGACAAUCCGGUGAUCUUCUCCCUCUUGUUGAAUUUCAAUUGUAUAUUGCCUAUUAACUAUCAACGCUUGAUUCGUUGGUCGAAUAGGGAAGAAAACGAAAUGAGUGAAAUAGCCUUUUUCAAUGAUUUUACUUGUACGAAAAUAAAAGACGACUGUUCAUCAUUACACACAUGUUCUUAA